AAGUCGUUUGGCAUCAGUGCAAUCGCAAGUGCUCCAGAGUCUUCAUAGCAGUCGUGCAAAACCAAAAACAAAGCCAAGUCAAUAUGAAAUUCCUGUCGCUCGCCUUUCUGCUCGGUCUGCUCGCUCUGGCCAGUGCUAACCCACUGAGUCCUGGGAAUGUCAUCAUCAACGGCGACUGCAAAGUGUGCAAUGUGCGUGCCUAAAGGCUCGACCUCAAGUCCUUGCCGCAGGAGCAGCAGGAGCAAUGAA